AUGUCGGCCUUUGUGCGGGUCUCCGGACCGCCAAACAGUAACUUUCUAGUCGGAUAUCCAGGCAUAUCGGCGACACUCCCCCGAAUAGAAGGCAAGGUCGAGAUCCGGCCACUCGUAGGAGUAACAGCACCCGUCGCCGUCUCGCUCGUUACUAUAUCACUGCAGCGCCGCGAAACUAUUCACCCCGCCGCUGACUCGGUCACCAAAAAGCACUUGGCCGCGCCGAGGAAGGAAAUCACCGACGUUGUCGGGAAGGAGAUAUGUCUUUUCCGGUGCUCGCCUGGAAAGGAAUAUGAGAACGUCCUGUGUAUGGAUCUGCCGUUUGUUAUAUUCAUUCCCUAUGGCCGUGGCGGGGAAGAGGUAGCGAGGAGAGUGCCCCCCGCGAGCUUACAGCUGCCGAGCCGCACAGCUGAGACGUAUUAUGAGCUGGUCGUAAUGGUGCAGCAGGGGCCCCAGGAGAACAAGAAGUAUUCAUUUCCGGUCCCGGUGUCGAGAUAUGACACCCUCUCUACUUUUGGCAUGUACAACCGACCUGAGAGUGCUGAGCGUGUUACCGAUCAUCUCGUCACAUUAGGGAUAAGCCUGCCGCGGUGGAGCUAUGGACCUCUGGAUCCUGUCUCGGUGUACAUCAAGCUCAGCCCCAAUCCAGACUGGCUGGCCAAAGCCAAGAAGGUCACCAUUCAGAAAAUCACGAUCGGCAUAGACGAAGAAAUUAUCUUUAACCAUGAAGGGGAUGAACCAACGCGGAAGGUGAAAACGCUAGCGAGGACGACACAAGCCGUUGGUGUGAAGAUGCCGGAAGCUGGAUAUUUCACAAACUUAGGGUUGGUGUUUCCAGCGAAGGAUUUACGGGAUUCCGAUGGCAUCAUACCUAGGGGGAAAAAGGAGUUUCCCAUGUAUUCGGUCAGUGGCUUUACGACUACUGGCACGCUGUACAAGAUUGAGUAUUACUUAACAGUAAAGGCACAAAUGUCAUCAGCGAAAGAUAUCGUUCUUCGACAACCCAUCGUCGUAUGUCCCUUUGAUCACGCCGGCUGCAAGGAGGAAAUGGAAGCGAUAGAGCAAGCAGCCAAAGACGCCGCACAUGUUUCGCCCGAUAACCCAAUGUUACCCGCCAGUACGAUCAUCAAAGCGAAUGAAUCGAACGGGCUGAGGGCGCUGGGUAUGGCAAUAGUUGGGGGUGUCAGGAAGCCACUUAUUGAGUGA